AUGACCAAAGAUGCUACCUAUGCUUAUGGUGAUUAUAUAUGUGAAUGUUUAUCGUUACAACAUGAUCCAAAACGACCACAACAGAUUAACAUUCUGAAUGGCAAGAAAAUUAUUCAAGUCGAUUCGGGCAAAAGUUUUAUUGUCGUUUUAACUGAUGAUGGAUCAGUGUAUUUAGCCAGUGAUGAUUCAUUUUGGCAAACAAAAAAUACUUUGCGAUUAAUCUCUACCGAUAAUGAUCGUUUUGAAAUGAUAGCAUGUGGAUAUUAUCAUUUGUUAUUGUUACGGAAAGAUGGCAUUGUUUUCGCUUUUGGAUAUAAUAAAUAUGGUCAAUUGACCGGAAAUUCAGAUUCAUCGUAUUUUACUCUUGUGAACACUGGUUUAAAAAAUGUCAAAAUAAUAGCUUGUGGAGCUGGCCAUUGUCUUGCUCUCACCAAUACGAAUGAAAUUUAUUCUUGGGGCUGGAAUGAAUAUGGACAGUUAGGUCUAGGUGAUACAAAUAACCGAAGAACACCUUCACUGGUUUCAUUUCCUGAUGGUUCAAUUGAUAGUCCAAUCAAAAAUAUUGUGGCCGGUGCAUGGCAUUCUUUAUUUUUAUUGGAGGAUGGUCAAAUUUUUGGAUGUGGUUAUGGUCAACACCGUAUCAAUGAUAAUGCAAAAGUGCCGACAAAAAUACCCAUUGAAAAUGUGCAAAGUGUGGCUUGUACGAAUUAUUACCUUACUUCAUUGGCUUUGGAUCAUUCAUCACAUUAUUAUAGAUGGGGUAGAUUAAAUACUAAAGAAUUGGUCCCGCUCAAAAAAUUGGAUGGUCAACUGAAAUCGUUCGCUGCAGCAUCAGUAAUGCAAUACAAAUCAUCAAUCACUUAUGGCUUAACAUCAACCAUCUAUUCAUUCGAAUCGUAUGACACGAUAUCAAUCAUUGGAUUAUUGGAUAAUCCUGAUAAUUAUGACGUCAAAUUUGUUAUUGAUGACAAACGUAUAUUAGCUUGUAAGUGUUACCUGAAAAUGUCAUCAGAAUAUUAUAGUCGAAUGUUUUCGGGUGAUUGGCAAGAAAAUGAUCAAGUGAUCAUUAAAGAUUAUAGUUACUAUGUUUAUUAUUCUUAUUUACAUAUGUUACAUACUGGCCGAAUCCGAAUCGAUCGAUACAAUAUAGCCGAACUUAUUGAUUUGGCCAAUUGUUAUGGUGAUGAACGAUUAAUAAAACAUUGUCGAACAUUCAUACGAACGGAUCUCAAUAAGCAUACUUUGCGCAUUUAUCUUCCAUUAAUUAAUAAAUAUGAACUUGAUGGAAUGAAAGACAAACUUAUCCAACUAACUAUCGAAAAUGUUUUACCAAAAAUUACUAACAAUCUUUUGGAAAACAAAGAAAAUAACGAAUUUCUUGAAUUGCUAUUUUUAAGCGAUAAUUUUUCUAAAAAGAUUUGCGAGUACAUUGGAUUAUUGGAUAAUCCUGAUAAUUAUGACGUCAAAUUUGUUAUUGAUGACAAACGUAUAUUGGCUCGGAAAUGUUACCUGAAAAUGUCAUCAAAAUAUUAUAAUCGAAUGUUUUCGGGUGAUUGGCAAGAAAAUGACCAAGUGAUCAUCAAAGAUUAUAGUUAUGAUAUCUAUUAUUCAUAUCUAGUGAUGUUACAUACUGGCCGUAUUCGUAUCAAUCAAUCCAAUAUAGCUAAACUUAUUGAUCUGGCCAAUUGUUAUGGUGAUGAACGAUUAAUGAAACAUUGUCGAACAUUCAUACGAAGAGAUCUCAAUAAGCAAACUUUGUGCAUUUAUCUUCCAAUAAUUAGCAAAUAUGAACUUGAUGAUAUGCAUGACAAACUUGUCGAAUUAACUAUCAAAGAUGUUUUACCGAAAAUUACUAACAAUCUUUCGGAAAACAAAAAAAAUAUUAUCGAAUUUCUUGAAUUGUUUUUUUUAAGCGAUAAUCUUUUUUUGAAAAAGAUUUGUGAAUAG